CAUUUUUGACGGCAAGGAGCCGCCCCAGCUCCGCCCGGGGCCCAGCCCCUCCCCUUCCUUCCCCCGUGGGCUCAGGCCCGGUGCCCCCGAGCCUGGGGGAGGGUGGGCUCCGCGCCCUCUUCCCCGCUCCCAUCCCUGGGCCAGAGGCCGCUUGAGGCAGCGGGGUCGGGCCUCUUCCAGUGAGGGAAGCCCUGGGGGCUCGGGAUUCACGGUGGCUUUGUUUGGGGCGUGAGAGCAGCGCGGCAGCGGCCUGGGGAGCCUGGCCCGAGGGGGGCUGUCCUGUCCUCCGGAGAACAGAGAGCAGGAUCUCUACGCAGUGGGGCCUCGGGGGCUACCGUCAGAGCCACGAUGGAGGGCCGCUUGUGCAAGCAGGUCCUCUGCCCAGAAGUGGGGACACGUGCCAAAGGCCACUGCCCCAUCACUUCCUUCCCUGAAAGCCCGAGCGAGAGCGUGUGUGCGCCCGCGUCUGUGUGCGCGGCCGAGGGACGGUGACAGAGGCGCCUUCUUCCUGUGGUGAGUGUCCCUCAGAGCUGCCAGGGGAUUCCCAGCCCCGGGAAUAUCGUUACAUCAGCCUUGGCAGCCGGCCCUGGGCCCUGCCCAGGCCUGGCAGCGUGGGUGGUGGUGUGGGUGGCCGGAGGGUGAGACCCAGGGGAACUUGGGGCCUGAAAGGAGGCCCCGGGUCCUGGGAGUUGAGCAGGAAGCGGGGGCAGAUGGGCCUCGCGCUCGGGUCCGUGGUCGCCGCGGCCUCAGGUGCCACCGGCCGGCAUCGGGUGGGUCCUGUCCGCCGUUCUGAAUAAAGCUCUGUGAGCUGGGCUGGAAAGCUGAGCACCCCGCCUGCCUUUCUUCUCCCACCCCUUCCCCUCGGGCCUCGGGGGCCUCGCCUUUGUGGCGGCCUUCUGCUGUCCCCCGGGGCCUGGGGGCGGCCGGCCCCGCAGCGUCCCUCGUCGGGCUUUGUCCUGGGGACGGUCCUCCCCGCCUGAGGUCAGGGCCCUGCCACCAGCCCCCUCCCAUGGGUCGCUCUCCACCCUGGCCUCUCUCACCCAGAUGUGGCGUCCCCGGCCCCCGCUGCCCCUGCCAGCGGGCCCCUCCUCAGGGCGGGGAGCGGGGAGCGGGGACCGGGGUCAUUGUCCCACGGUCGGGCCUCUUGUUUGUGUCGGCUCCCGCCAGGGCCGAGGCCAGGCUGCCCGAGGCGCCCGCUUCGUGCUCCCCAGUCCCGAGUCCCCUGACCCCCCAGCGGCCCACCUCUGACCUCGGGACACAGGCAGAGUCCUUCUCCUCUCCCUCGAGUUUGCACCCUCCACCCAAAGGUCUGUGUGCCAGGAGCCCCGGGCAGCCUGGCCUCCGGACCUCACUGCUGGAGACACGGGUGCUCCUGGGAGUUUGGAGUCGGCCGGGGAGGAGCUGGGGAGGAGCUGGGGUGAUGAAGAUGUCAGGGCCUGGGGAGGAGGAGCUGACUGUGUCUCCUUGUCUAAAUUAGGAAUGAGUCUGGUUUUUCCACACGUACCAAAAAACUCCUUGGGGAGUCCCCAUCAUGGCUCAGCAGUAAUGAAUCUGACUCGCUUACAUGAGGUUGCGGGUUCAGUCCCUGGCCUUGCUCCGUCGGUGAGGAUCCGGCGUUGCCGGGAGCUGUGGUGUAGGUCGCAGACACGGCUCGGAUCUGGCGUGGCUGUGGCUGUGGUGUAGGCCGGCAGCUGCAGCUCCUAUUUGGCCUCCAUAUGCCGCGGGCGCGGCCCCAGAAAGAAACCCGUGCACUUUCUGGGGGUUCCAGCCGAUGAUGUUCCUGAUGCCGCUUCCAAACUCUCUUCCCGCUCCCGGCCUCCCUGGCUCUUUUCCCAGCAUCCCGGCCUCCGGAGCCCCCGGGUCCUGGCCUUCACACUUGCUCUGUGCUCGCCACGGGUCCCCAUCCCGGGCUUUCUGCCUCCCUCGCCUCCCCUGAGCCCUGCCGGCGCCGGGCACGGCCCGCUCCCCUGGGAGGCGCCAGCGCUCAGGCGCGUGUGCCCGGUGCUCGGCUUGUCUGGGAGCCUCCUGCCCAAGCCGGACGGGCCCUCCGUGUGGUCUCCGUGCGGUGGGUCCCACGGGGCCAGCGGUGGCUGAGCCGAGCCACGGAGCUUCAAGAGGGGGUUCGGAAAGGCAGGCCCUUGCGGGCUGCUCGGGAGCCGGGUGGGGGCAUCGAGGCCUCCGGACGAGCUGGAGCUGCAGCUCCGGCCACGGGGCUGGCGUGACGGAAGUGGGGGCCUGAGAAAGGCCGGGCUGUGGACGGCGGCUGCGACGCGGAGUCGGAGACGGUCGGAGCCAUCUGCCCUGGGGUCCCCAGUGCCCGGGACGGUGUCCGCUCGAAUACGGUGUGAGUGUGAAGGAGGAAGCAGGAGGUCUGUUCACGCAGAGGAGCCAAGGCGGACGCCAGGGUCCUGACCGCUGGCUGGGACAGAAUUCUUGUGUGAGAGGCUGCCAUGAGGUCACGCCCUGUGGCCCGGGGACAGUGGGCUGGAGAGCGGGGCGCCCGGGAGGUAGUGUCAAGGGCCCCGGCCACCGCGAGCUCGGGCCGAGGAAGAGGUGCAGGUGCAGGCGCCUCAGGGACCGGCCCGGACUGUUGUGCAUGUGUCCCUUCUCCUGGUGGCCGGAGCCCGUCCGGGAUUCCCUGGCUCAAUAAAAGUGAAAGUGAAAUGGCAGGGAGAGGACAGCGUUUUCCCAGAAGAUUGCACCCUGCCUGCCCUUCCCAGAACCGGCCCUGGCAGUGGAGAGGGCUCUGCUCCCCUGGGUGACCAGGUGAGUCUCUGGUCCUCUUGGGGCCUCCGUGUCCAUCCCGUAGUGAAGGGUCACAUGGGACCAGGGGCCAGCGUGCUGCCGGGGUGGGGAAGGGCCCAGCAGGGGACGCCCCAGCCUGUGCCCGGGGCUCAUCCUCCAGCUGCCAGGUGGGGCAGGUGCACAGGGCAGUGGACAGCGGUGCCUGGCAGCCCACUGAGAGCUCAGGCGUAGGGAGGGCGGUGGAGCCCACAGGAAGAAGGUGGCCACACGCACGGCUGGAAUCUCAGCAAGCCGCCGAGACGUCGGAGCAGCGGUGUGUUCACCGUCUCCUCCCCCGCCGCCCCCGGAGGAGGAAGUUGUCACAGAUAUAUAGAGCCCGGCUCGCCGGCUCCGGACACACGCAUCAUGACCAGGAGGCAGAACUGGACUCCAGCCCCCAGGCCCCUGUGGGCCCUGCUCUUCUGUGCCCACCUCGUCUCCCAGGUGGCCAGAGGCACCCCUGCGCCCCAGGCCACCGUGGUCGCCAGCGCCUCAGCCGGGAUGGCCAAGGACCCCUGCUCUCUCCAGCCCCCCGCGCUCCUGCGAGCUAAGGGGUGCCCAGGACUGGAGGUGACCUGGCCAGAAGAGGAAGUCCCACUGAAUGGAACGCUGACCCUGUCCUGCACCGCCUGCAGCCGCUUCCCCCACUUCAGCAUCCUCUACUGGCUGGGCAACGGCUCCUUCAUCGAGCGCCUCCCGGGGCGCCUGCGCGAGGGCAGCAUCAGGCGGGAACGCCGGGGCGCAGGGACCCAGCUGCGGCGGGCCCUGGUGCUGGAGCAGCUGAGCCCCGGCCUGCGCCACGCCAACUUCUCCUGUGUUUUCUCCGAUCCUGGGCAGACGGCCCAGCGUCACCUGGUUCUGGCCCAGCUCUGGCAGGAAACGAGAAGGAACAGGACUCAGCAGCGCAGGGAGGCGGCGGCCCUCCUGCCUCGGCCCUGAUCCCCGUCUGCUUCCCUCCGCCAGGCUGGGCUGAAGACAAGUGUGCCCCCUGCUGAAGGAGCCCCGCCCCCCAGCAGGUCCCCUCUGCCACCAUGCCGACAGGUGACCCCCAACUCUGAAGCCUGUUUGAAUGGUCACCUCUUCCUUGAGGUCUACGCGCUCUCGGCCCGAGCCGCCUCCCGCAUCCACUCGGUGUUGGGUGUGUCCUUUGCGGGACGGUCCCAGGAAGGGCGGGGAGAGAGACCGCCUCCGCCCCCACUGCAGGCCCACGCCGGGCGCGCAUAAACCUUCGGUGGUAGUGUACUGGCGUCUGCCUUGUCCUUUCUCCUUCAGGCCUCGGCCGACCCGUGCGAGGAGGGAGUGUGGGGAGGUCUGUGGCCCCAAAAAGGCCAGGAGAAGGGAUUUGAGAGCAGGGAGGGCCCAGCAGGGACAAAGAAAGGUAUGCUUCUCUCGAGAGCCAGAGGGCCCUGCUUCCCCCGAGAGGUCAAGGCAGGUCAGCACUCCAGGGAGAAAAAUAGACUUUAUUUACAAGUAAUAACAUUUAGAAAAGACCCAUCCCUGGCCCUUAAAAACCUUCCCACCACGCCCAAUCCCACCCCAGUGCGAGUCUGGGGAAGGCGGGGAGGGGGGGCGCGAGCUGUCCCCACCGAGGCCCAGGGCCCGUCUCUCCUGGAAGAGAGCACCCUUUUGGGCAACUGUGCCCUCAGGGGGAUAGGAGCACCUGUAGACGGCAUGCUCCCCUAGGCCGAUGCCCGGUGCUGGACUUGAAGAGCGAGGGCCCUGACUCAGCCCAGCCACCAGGAGUAGCAGGGACCAGGGCCUGCUCCUCCAAUGGUCCCUCUUCGAUCCGGAGGCCGACAGGGACACUGGCGGGGCCAAGGACCCAGCCACUCAUAGUCAGCCUCGAAUCCGGUUGUGAUGGAGAAGUGACUCUGCUCUAAGACAACAUCAGGGGCAAGGUGGGGAGAGGACCCAGACUCCUCCGAGGCGCCGGGGCCAGCGCUGAGGACACGUCUCUUUACCUGGCCAAGGUCCAGGUACCAGCUGGGGCGUGGGCAGGCAUCACUGUCUCUACGGGUUUGGCCACUGGGCCUGGGAGCUGAGAGAAGGCACUGAAAGGGACAGGAGGAGGAGGACCAGGCAAGGGCAGCAUCCGAGACACAGGUGGGGCCGCUCACUGGUGGCGGCUCUUUAGUGCUUUGCCUGGAAGUGCAAGAGACACGGUCAGGCAGCUCAAGGAGCCGGGAAGACCCGCCCACCCAGGACCAGGCUCUCGCCUUGGCGCCGCCUUGGACAGCCACCCUCGGUCCCCAGCUGCUGGCGGUGCCUGCGCAGCUCUGAGUGGUCCCGGGAGCCGUGUCCUCCCACUCACGGCAGCCACCCAGGCCGCCAGAGCACCGGCUCUCAGCCCGCCCCCUCCCACAGUUCAGCGCGCCCUGCCUGGGAAGCGGCCUCGGGGGUGGCGGGGGCCCCAAGCCGAAGCCUCCACCUUGCCCUUGGCCCGAGGGGUGGCGGCGCUGGCCGUGGUGGUGGCGAUGCGAGGAGAGCGGCGGGUCCCACUGCGGGUGCUGGGCGAGGCCUUGGAUGGCGCUUUCUUGGAGGCCGCCCUCCGCAGAAGGCUGUUGCCCAGCUUCUUGGGCGUGUUGAGGAUGCUGAAGGCCAUGGACUGGCGGCGGUCAGCCUGGAGGGAGGGGGUGUCAAGCGGGGGGAGCCCCCCCGGCCUCCCCAGGCCACCCCGCUCUCCAGGGCUCCGCCAGCCAGGCCCCUGCGGGGUCUCCCUCCAGCCCCCAACCAACCUGUUUAACAACAGCUGCAGCCGCUUUCUUCUGGGCCUCAGUCGUGCUCUGUCUGCGCCCCUCGUGCCUGUCCCGGGGGGUCAUGGGGCGCGGGAAACAGCUGGUGGCCUUCUUAGACUGCGAGGAGAGGGCCGUUAGGCAGACAGGAGGGCAGCGGGACAGCUUCACCUCCAAAGCCAGGCUCUCAGAGCUGAGUGGCCCUCGUCCAGACGGCACCCACGCCGCCCCCUCCCCCUUGAUGGUGGCCAGGCUGGGCCGGAAAAGCACACGGGAGCGGACGCCACCCACCUCGGGGGUGCCAGGGCCCUGAUGGGACUCCGAGGAGACCCGUUUGCGCUGCUGCCGGGUGGUGAUGCCGGCGCCCUCGGCUAUCUGGGUCGGCUGCAUGCUGGCUCGGCGCAGGGUCUCCCGGGGGUCGCCGGUUUUUAUCUCCUCGUCCGUGAUGGUGGGCAGGCUCAGGGAGGGCUGUGGGGUGGGGGGAGAGGUGAGGGGGCCGCAGCAGGCCCGCCCCAGAGCGCUGGGGCUCCCUUCCCUGCCCCCGCCCUGCCCGACGACCACCACCAAGACCUCUGGGAGCCCCUGCCCCUCACAGCACCUCCCCACCGGCUACUUGACCAGAAGCAGGCUGCCCUCCUCAGCAGGCAGGCCCGGGCACUGGGGUGGGAAGCCAGGGGAGGAAGGUGAGCUGGCAGAGGCAGGUGCCAGGUGGGCAACCCCAGUGCUCACCCUGGACUCCAGCGGGUAGCAGGUCUUCAGGUGGGGGGGGCACACCCGGUUGCGCUGUUGCAGCUCCGCGAUGCGGUUCCAGUCAUCCAGCUGCUCUGGCUCAUCCUGGCACGUGCCCACGUAGAAGCUGUUCCUGCCUGGGGAGGACAGGGAGACGGAAGCCACUGGGGCUGGAAGGCCAGGAGGGGACGGUGGAGGCAGCCUCCUGCCGGCCUCUUCCGCCACCGCUUCUUCCCCCACCCUUGGACUUCAAGCCAGGCACCCCAGGGGCCUGCUCCACUCAGUGCUACAGAGCCAGCAGAGGGGCUCACACACUGCCUCGCUGCUUCCUCCCUGGGGUUACAGGCAGAGGCUGUGCCACCCGGAGAAACGAAAUGGAAGGCCAAGAACCGAUGAUGCCCGGGGGCUCCAGGAAGGCAAGUGCCUGCACGAGGCAUCGGAGGAGGAGCCUGGAGGACUCCUGACAGCAGCUGGGCAUCCCAGGCCCCUCGUGUCAGCAUCUCUGGCAUCCAGCCUGACGUCAGCCUGACUGCCCAGCAGAGCCCCGAUGGACAGGUGCGGGGAGGAGGGGCAGGUGACAUGCUGGAAGGGACCCGGCCGCCUGCCUUGGGUUUGUCCAAGAGCCUGUCCCCUACCUGGAGGAGCCCCGCUGGACACCCCAGCCUGAGAACGGCGAGCAGAGCUGCGGGUGGUGGGCCGGUAGCCAGGCAGGCUGAGCAGAGCCGAGUUGGCAUCGUCAGGAGAGCCCAGGCGGGCUAGAGACUGGGUGGAGGAGGCCGCUCUGGGGCCGCCCUGGGACGCAGGGGCCGACCGCGUGCUGUAGAAGGAGGAGUUGGCGCUGUCCGGCUCCUCCACAUCCAGCUUCUGGAAGAGAGGGUGAAUCUGCUACGGCGCGAGCAGGACACCCUGGAGAGAAGCCUCCCCAACCCGAAGCACCUCGGAUCCCCUCUGCAGGCAUCCACUCUGCUUGGCACGGGGUCCUUGGUGGCGCGUCCGCAAGACAUGGGCCUUGUGGCCAGAGUCCUGCACAAGGGGCUGAGGUAUCAAGACUUCCCGCCCACUUUCCCACUGAGCCUAUGAACAAGGCUGGGAGGGAGGGAGGGAGGGAGGGCAGAGUGUGUGCAUCAGAGCACUUUGGAAGCACGUGCACAGGAACAGGGCCACGGGCCCACAGGUCACCAAGCAAGGCAGUGGCGAGGCUGGGGCGGGACCCCACGUCUCGUGAGCUCGUCAGGCGCACAGCACCGUGUCUCCAGCCCCAGCGCCAGGGCCCCGACCCUGAGACCUCCUCCUUCCUCCUCUAGCAGCGCCGCGCCUCCUGCCUCCUUAGGACACGAGGAGCGGAGCCCCAGCCGGGCCAGCAGCCCCCCGGGCAGCCAGCAGGGGGUGCGGGGAGGCCCUGCUGGGCUGCAGCCGCUCCACACUGUCUCCUGCAGCCUGCGCGGGGCCGGGAGCCCUGCCCCUUGCCACGAGAGGCCUGAACGGCAGCCCUGCUGGGGAGCUCAGCCACCCAGCCGCGGGGCCGGGCCGUCAGCGCUGCCUGCCUCUCGGGGACCCGCGGGAAGGGGGCCCGGAGAGGACGCGGGCGCCCCGGCCAGCGGCUGACCUUGGUCAUGGUGAUGUUGAUGAUCUGCGUGGUGCGCCGGCGCGCGGAGCGGGUCUUGCGGCCCGAGUCCAGGAAGACGUCGCCCAGGGAGUCCAGGCUGCUCUCCAGCGGGGGCUGACCCCGGGCGGGGAUGGGGGUGAAGUAGAGGCUCUCCAGGGAUUCUACCUUGGGGGGCAGGCGCUGGGAGACAGGGGAGGCUGGCUCGCCGGGGAUACUGGUGCCAUCGGGCUGGGUGCGAGGCAACUUGCUGUGGGGGAAAAGCUGCUGACGGGCCACUCCGGGGCGGGCGGGCAGCCCGUCCUCCUUCGCUCCCAAGGAAACUGGGUCAAGCCCCCAGCGUCUCUGGUUCCCCAGAGCUUCCGGGGAGCACCCCUGGCCUGGGCCCCGCCUUCCGCCCGCCAGCCCGGGGCCCAGCCAGGCCGCGGCUCCUCACAGUCCUCAUUCCUGGCCACUGCCACGUGGCCACUGCCACAGACGGCUCCCCACCUCUUGCACAUGGUCCCCAAGGAGCAGCCUCCGCCCAGGCCCCCGGGCCACACACACGGGUGCAAUCCCACCUCCUCCUCCUGCCAGACCCUGUCCAAGAGGCCACUCUGCUCCCACGCCCUGCCUUGCCCUCGCCCUCGCUCAACGCAGCCUCUGAGACAGACACAGAGUGGGGACCAGCAGGGACCCGAGCCCGGCGGCCCAGGUUCAAGGCCAGCCCCGCCAUGGUGGGAGUCAGGGCACGAGUGCCCCGCUGCCCCUGGUUCCUCUGCCUCGGAGGGCUGGGAAGGGAUGCAGGAGUCUCUGAGGUGUUCACAACAGCGCCCGACGGGUCUAAGCAUUUAACAAAAGCAAUAAACGUGCUUGUG